UUGAUAAACGUCGUAGACAUAAAGAAUCGAACAAUCAUCACCCUGCGUAAAUAUUAAAUGUUUUAUAUAUUUUAUUAAUUUACAUGGUGGCAAUUAGCAUCGUCUACUAAUCAAGUAGUUAAAUUACAAUUUAAUGAGCAAGAAAUAUCAGUAUAAAAUUCUGGAUAAAGUAAAGCAAAUCCAAAAAAUGGAUAAAAAUGGAAAAAUUUGCGAUAAUAUUAUUAUUAUUGAAUUACAAUAGUGAAAUGUUUGGUUAUUUUGAUCGUGUAGAAUGGGUGGUUGCAUUGGUAUAACGAGGGCAAGGACUGCCUCUGUAGAUGAUACAUCAGCUAAUUCAACUAGAACACAAUCAGGUAAUUCGCGUAAAAAUCAUCCACUAUGUCACGAGAUAAUAAGAUGGAAAUCCGAUGUACCAUUAACUGAAGGACAAUUACGAAGUAAGCGGGACGAAUUUUGGGAUACUGCGCCAGCAUUUGAUGGCAGAAAAGAAAUAUGGGACGCGUUAAGAGCCGGUGCAACUGCUGCAGAAGCUCAAGAUUAUCAAUUAGCCCAAGCAAUACUUGAUGGCGCAAAUAUAUCUGUUCCAAAUGGAUUUUUAACAGAAUGUUAUGAUGAGUUAGGAACUAGAUAUCAAGUACCAAUUUACUGUUUAUCAUAUCCGAUAAAUAUCGUCAAAGAAGAUAGUGGUAGAGAUUCACCAGCUGAUUGUUCAGAACCUGUUGAUGGUGGUACAGAAAUUACAUUAAAAUUAAGACUGUCAACUACUCUUGCGGAUGUUAAACUUCCGGUUUACAGUAAAGAUACAAUUGGAAUUGCUAAGAAGAAACUUCAGAGUCAAGAAGGAUUAGAGCCUUCAAAACAAAGAUGGUUCUUCGGUGGAAAAUUGCUUGGUGAUAAAAUGCACAUAGAAGAAGCUAAAAUCCAACCUGGUUAUGUAAUUCAAGUAAUCGUUAAUGCUGAGAAGGAUGAAAGUCCUACAAAAAAUAGUUGAAAGAUAAUAUCAAUAUUAACAACAAAAUGGUUUAAUUAAUUAUUUUUUUUUUUUUACUAAUUAAGCUUAGUAAAUUUUACAAAAUUUAACAAUUACUUAACUAAGAAACAUAAAAGAAAAUCAAACACAGAUUCAAAUGUGGGUUUUAGUUCGUGAACUGCAAAGAUAUCAGCUAUGAAUUGAUUAAAUAUAAAAUAUAUAUUAAUAUAUAAGGUAAGAGACCCAGUACCGAUUAGGAAACUAGGGCCCGAUCACUCAUAUAUUUAGUAAAUGUAGACGGAAAAAUAUAUGCGUGGUCGGCUACUGGGUCUCUUAUCUUAUAUAUAUAAUAUAUGAAUGUAUGACGUCCUUUACCAUGUGGAAAUAAUAAUAGUGUACAGUACAAUGGACUGAAAAUUUUUAAAUAUAAUAAAAUAAUAUUUCUAUGGAAAAAAAAAAUUUUUUAAUUUUUUUUUUAUUUUUUAAUAAUUAAAAUAUAAAUAAAUGACGAAUUUGAAUCCUUAAAUUGUACACUGAUGUUAAAAUAAAAUGAUAAUUAUAAUAAUACGAUAAAAAUAAAUAUUAGUGUAUUUUUAAGGAGUAAAAUAAAUCAG